CGAGUUAGCAGCAGAUCAUGAAGUUAAGGAGCAUCAGGAUCUGAAACACAUUCCUGGUGAUUGCGUAACGGUCGCACAACCCUGACUCCUGGAGUUACUCUUAUCCGACGUGAUGUCAGAUAUCCAGGUGAUCCCGAUCACCUGACGUGCAGGAGUGGAUUCGAGCUGCCGGCCCAACCAUGAGCUCCCAGGGAAGUUUCAGCACCAACUUCCUGUUCCAGAGCAUGAACGAUGACCUGAACGCCUCGCUGGCUACAGCAGAUGAGUUAUCCAAGGAAUUUAGCUCCAUGAUGAAGGAGGCCUCCUCAUCCCCCUCUUCCUCCAACAACAACAACAUCAAAAACACAACUUCUGGCUCUCAGUCCAGCUCUACGAUCUCCAAAGACUAUCUCCAGUCGUCUGGGACUUCCAGCCUCUCCAGCACUUCAAGAUCAUCUGGAAGCGGCACCAAUGGCAGCUCCAGUUCCAAGGCCAUGUCCUCCUCAAGUUUGCCAUAUUUCUACAGCACAGACUCCAGCAAAUCGAGCAGCAGAAACAUGCCAACUUCCCAGGCCUUGUCCCAGAGCCCGCACUCUUCCCCAAAGACGGAAAAGCGGGGAAUCGCUCCAAUCCCUCGAUUCAGUUCUGACAGCUACCUGUACAGCUCUCAGAACGCCAACCCGCCGACUUCCACCCAGCUGCCCAGUUCUCCUUCCUUAUAUGACAGAAGCCCUCAAACUUUCAAUGCCUACAGCGACAGAGGUCCCUCCCCCAACGUAAGAGCUGGUUCUAUGGACAGAAUCCCACACAACUCCCAGAAUGCCUCCAACCUGCUGAACCCCUAUGAGGGCGGCCACAUUGGACGCAGGUCACCUCGAAGCGACAACAAUCCUUCCCCUUUGGCCUUCAGUCCUCCAGCAGCCAGCACACUUCCUCGCAAUUUCAAUCCUUUCAGGCAGUCUGAUGAGGUUGUGCAACGGAAAAAGAACCCUGGCAAGUGGAGUGAGACAGAUCUGGACACGUCCUACGACAGAAAACCCCACCACACCUAUGACAAGACGGAGUUUCUGCGGCCGGCUGUGCCUAAAGGCAACUGGCGGGAAUCCAACCUGGAUGGCCCUUCUCCGUCUAUGAUCCCCAAACAGCCCCAGCAGGUGUCUUAUGGUUCCCUGAACCGGCCCACUCGAAGAUCGGUUCCUCCAGAUGUGCCCUCCUCCGCCCAACCUCCUUACAUGCCCCAGCCCAUCUCCUCCCGCAUUUCUAUCCCCCCCAAUGUCAAUUUGUCCCGACAAAACAAGCCCAUUCCUCUCUCAGUUAUCUUGCGCCUCCAAAAUCCCCGCUUUGGAGCAAUGAGAACCCAUCACCCCCGAGCUGUGGGAGGAGAAGGAGACAGGGGGACCCAUCAGGCGGCUCCGCCCCAACAGAGGGAGUAUGUCCGCCAACCUCCUGUGCCGGUGGAGCAGCAGGUGCCGGAUCUGAAGCAGACGGCUGCAUACAGCGAUGUGCUGAAUUCCAGGGACGUGGAUGCAGAGUUGGAGCGUCAGGAAUAUCAACCCACUCCUGGAAACGUGGAGAAUCCCUCCAUCCCAGGAGACGGUGGAGAGGUGGGGCUUCCGGCGCCUCCUGUUCCUCGGCCCCUCAGCCCCACCAGACUGCAGCCAGUGGUGGCCCCGGAGGCCCAGGUCGACGAGAUCCCCGACCGGGAGGAGCUGCUCCGCAUCAGAGCUGAGAUUCCCCGAGCGCUGAAGAGGCGUGGGGCCGUGGAGCUGUCCGAGCCCCCGACGGAGAUCUCCAUGAACCAGCCCAACCAGUACAAGAACCUCAUCAACAAGCUCUUCCGCAAGAGGGGUCGCCGCCACAAAGGGGAGCAGGGCAGUGACGGCAGCAGCUCCUCCGAUGACGAGGGCGGGUCUUCUGUUCCCACCCCCACACCUGCAGUGAGAACUGCCCCUGUGACCCCCACGCUGGCUCCACAGGAGGCCAAAAACUACCGCACUAUUCUGCGCCGGCCCGGACGCAAAAGCUCAGGGAAGCGGGCUCGCCUCAGCCCGCUUGUCCUGCUGCUGGAUGGAGCGUUGGUUGGAGAGCUGGAGACGGUGCAGAAGGCUGUGCAGGAGAUGACCGAUCCCAGCCAGCCCAACGAUGAAGGCAUCACGGGGCUGCAUAACGCCAUCUGCGGGGGGCACUACAACGUGGUGGACUUCCUGGUUCGCAUUGGGGCCAACGUCAGCGCCCCGGACAGUCAUGGCUGGACUCCUCUGCACUGCGCCGCCUCCUGCAACGACCUCCACCUGUGUGAGUUCUUGGUGAGGAACGGAGCCGCCGUCAUGGCCGUGACGGAGCGCGACAACGCCACCGCCGCGCAGAAGUGCGACCCGUACACUGUGGGGUUCGAGGAGUGCGAGAGCUUCCUGAAAGGUGUGGAGGAGGCCAUGGGGGUGGAGAACAGUGGGGUGCUCUACGCCCUGUGGAGCUAUCCUGCUCAGGCGGCCGAUGAGCUGAGCUUCAAGGAGGGAGACAUGGUGACCAUCCUGCACAAACCCGAGGGCUCUGACUGGUGGUGGGCUUCGCUGUGCGGCAGGGAGGGCUUUGUUCCCAACAACUACUUUGGGCUUUUCCCAAAGGUUCGACCCAAAUCUCUCUGUUAGGAUGAUGGGAAACUGAAGUACGGCUGCAAUGAUAUUUGAAUUGACUCUGAAAGAGGAAAGUUUGAUAUUCAUGUGGCCUUUUUGGACAAGGUCACAUCGUUUUCCCAGAUGUCCCGGCUCUGCAGGGAACUGCACAAGUUAAAGCCGCAAUUCUACCUUUAGACUGUUUUCAGAUCAUUCCUCAAUGGUUUUUGACUAGUUUGUGAUUGGUUUGGGACUAUUGUGUGACUGGUGUGUGAUUGGAUUGUGACUGAAUUGUGACUGGAUUGGGACUGUUGUGUGACUGGUGUAUGACUGUUGUGUGACUGGUGUAGGACUGUUGUGGGGCAGAUUUGGGACUGGUGUGUGAGUGGUUUGUGAUUGUAUGAAUGUACAGUCAGGGUGACUGUCAACAAUUCCACACAAACAAAUUGCCCUGUAAUUAUUGGAGCUUUUCCUUUUCUGUAUGUUUGUGCACAGAUGUUUCCAGCAGACACUAGUUUUGCAUAUAUUAGCUCAAGCUAACCACAGCUACUAAGAGUUACAUUAAAACAGAGCAUCAUCUGCAUAACUUUAUUGCAAAAAGUGAUUUUACAGUUUGUGUGGUUCCUCUUCCUUUAGUGUUAUUUUUUUUAGGAGAAAGGCACAAGUGUUUAGCUUGUUUCUGAUUGUUCGUGGGUUUUGUAAUCAUCCUAAGGAGGAACUUUCUGUUACAGAAGUUUGUUUUUGUUGGAUGUGCGUUUGUAAAAAUACAGAUGGUUAUGUUGGGUGUUUUUUUUUUUUCCUCCUUUGCUGCUCUUAACUGCUGCACAUUAACCUUUGUUUGAGGGUGUCACAGUGUUGAUAUACCUAAUAAAUAAUUGGAAAUUAAACA